UAUAUGAGCGUCGCGUCGUCGGACGUCUACCAUGUACCGUAUGAUGAUGACGAUGACGAUGAAGGUGGCGUUCGAUACGUGCGAUCGUUACGGCAGUUUGUGGUUGUAAUUCGCGAACACAACAGAUGAUCUACGGAUGAUCAAAUCUCUCUCUCGUGUGUUGGUUCGUGUAUGGUUCAGGUUCAUUACAACAAUGGUUGUAUUGACGCUCGAAAGUUGUCGUUUGUCGUUUGCGUCAUGUGAGCUUGUAUAAUAUGCGCCAUGUUUUGGUAUAGCAAAAUUUUACCCGGCUCGAUAUCUCGAAAAUAAAUUUCAAAAUUUUAAUGCGAUUCGUUGGUAAUUUUUUUUUCUUAAUUGUUUGGUGUACAUACGCGUUCGGCUAGUCGAUCGUUUAGUUGUGGCGGAUUUUUACUGCGACUGCCGACGUAAUACAAAAAUCCGUAUUUAAGAUCGAGCUGAAGUUAUCAUGGAAGCUGCGGCAGAAAAAGGAUUUUCCAAUGGAAACGCUCAUGCUGGCGAUAAUUUACAAAUCAGCACAUUUCGAAGAGCUUUACCUCAGUUUCUGGCGACGUCGGCGAAAAAUCUAAUUCUAAUGGAUUUAGGUAUGACUUUGGCAUUUCCAACGUUGGUCAUAGCAGCUCUACUUAAAUCAAAAAGCGGUUUACAUUUCGACGAUGCAGCAGCUUCGUGGUUCGGUAGUAUUCCAUUCAUAUGUCAACCUAUUGGAAGUAUUAUCUCAGGCACCGUUCUGGAACCUUUAGGUCGAAAGAAAUCAAUGCUGUUAGUCAACAUACCGCAUUUUAUAGGAUGGUAUUUAUUUUACACGGCCAUAUCUCUUCCGGUUCUAUUCCUCGCCGCCAUUUUAAUGGGUUUGGGUGUGGGCUUCAUGGAAGCGCCGGUGAUUACGUAUGUUGGUGAAAUCAGUGAGCCAAAAUUACGAGGUGUUUUGACCUCGUAUUCUGGCAUUUUUGUUACGAUCGGAUUAAUCGUCGAGUUCUUAUUGGGAACGUUGUACGAUUGGAAUACGGCCGCCUUCAUCAGCUGUUUUGUUCCUAUUGUGACGUUUGUCGCUAUUACACAGGUACCAGAAACGCCGAUGUGGUUAUUAUCAAAAGGCCGAGUAAAAGAAGCUGAAAAAUCGCUGCAAUGGUUACGAGGCUGGGUACCAGCAUCGCUCGUACAAAACGAAUUAAACGAACUGAUACGUUACAGCGACGCUUCGAAAUUGGUUUUAAAAGAUAAACCGUCAAUCAAACAGACUGCUAAUAAUAAGGAAAACUCAACUUACUCGAAUCCAGUCAAUUUAGAAGAUGAACUUCCUAAUGGUAAAAAAGUCGCCGAAAAUAACCCGGACGUUAUUACUUUCGUCAACGGUGCAAAUGGUGUUAUUAUAAAUACCCCGGCACCGCCGACUAAUAACAAUUUACCCACCGAAAAUACUAGUCUAGAAGGCAGCCAACGUAAAGCAACCGUUGCGGAAAUUCUUCAAGAUUUAAUUAGACCGCAAAUGCGUCGACCUUUUUUCUUAGUCAUUGCAUUUUUUGUCUUUCAUAAUGGAUCAGGGUUUCCCGCAAUGAGACCUUAUAUGGUGAACAUAUUCCAAGAACUGAGGUUCCCAGUGGAUGCCAAUUGGGCUACGGUCAUCAUCUCUUGUAUAGGUUUCCUCGGUGUAAUUGUAUGUACAGUUUCGGUAGGAUACGUUGGAAAACGUACCCUAACGCUUGGUUCAAUGGCCGGAUGUGCCAGCAGCACCUUGGGCUUAUCAGUUUGGUCCUUAUUGAACGAAAACUCGCCAGACAAAUCAUUAUGUUGGACUCCUUUCAUAUUAUUCAUUUUACUAUCGUUUUCAUUUAGUUUUGGCCUCGCUCCGAUACCGUGGAUGAUCUUAAGCGAAGUUUUCCCCUUCAGGGGUCGUGGUUUUGCCAGCGGAUGUGCUGCGGCUGUUUCCUACAUACUGGGCUUUAUUACAGCGAAGACGUUUUUAGACUUGAAAUCCACAUUGAGUUUAUCUGGUGUGUUUUCGUUGUAUGGUUCCAUCACAGUGACUGGAAUCGUAUAUGUGUAUUUCAAGUUACCUGAGACAGAAGGAAAAUCUUUGCAAGAUAUUGAGAAAUUUUAUAAUGAGAAGAAGGUGAAGAAGUAACUUGAUAUGUGUUUUUUUUCUUUUUUGAUACGUAUUGUGUUUUGUAUUACAUACGUAAUUGAGUUGCUCCUUUUUUUUUUUUGUUAUUGUUUUGUAUGUACAUGUAUCGUAUGAUAAUAAAUUAGGUAUAAAGUGAGUUACCUGAUCCUAUUUAAAAUAUGAUGCUCUUUUUUACUGUGAUUAUUUGUAUAAUAUCGAUUCUGAUGUAGACUAUAUUAUUGUACUGUCAUUUUCGCGUAUAGUAUUCUAUUUUCGUAAGUCUUUUAAAAAUUGCCAAUGACUUGUAUUUCUCUUCAGAAUUAUUCUACUUAGGUAUUCCGACGUUAUAAGUGUCAAUAACAGAAGUGAUAAUUAUAUUAUCCGUACUAUGAAGUCUAUUGGCAAUUUUUAAUGUUUUAAAAUAUAAUUCAUGUUUGAAAAGAA